AGUGGUGGUGUUAACUUUGAUGUUUGUUAGGAAAUACAUGUAUACAUUAACCAUUAAGAAAGUUUCAAUAAUAUUCCGAUUAAAGGAUAUAUAUAUACAAAAUAAUUCAAGAUGAGUAAUUCGUCAGUCAAUGAAAAGGAUCUGGUGAUAGACAAGGCGAUAGCUGUAACGUGCUUCUCAAUGGCUGUGAUCAUAGUUGGGCUCAACGGCUUGGUCAUAUUUACCCUCAGUCGGCAGAAGGGAAAUAAUCGCUUACACUUUUUCAUACGUCAUCUAGCCAUUGCAGACUUACUUGUUGGAUUGAUUGCUGUUACCGGCGAUGCAUUAAAUAUCGGCAUUUUGCACGCAGAGUGGCUGGCCGGCGACGUCACGUGUCGUAUGCACAGAUACGCCUGCUAUGUUAUUCUUAUCGUCUCCAACAAUCUGCUCAUUGGAAUGAGUGUUGACCGCUUCCUUGCUGUGAAGUGUCCGUUAAGAAAGAUUACUGGCGGUUACAUGCCAUACCAAACAAUCAUCAUCGGUUGCUGGGUUCUUGGAUUAGCCUUACCUUCAUGGUUAAUACCUUUCUUUGGGACAGAAUAUAGUUUAACGUACCCGCAAAUCUCAUGCAAGGUUAAGUUAAAAACAGACGGUCAAUGGCAGGCGUUUGUUUGGAGCACACUAACUGGGAUUUUUCUUUUGCCCCUUUUUGCUAUUUCCGUCUGCUAUAUUGGCAUCUCACUUGUCGUCUGGCAACACUGGAAGGAUGGACAGAGGCUAACAGAAGUGAAGGACAAGUCUCAAGCACAAGGGAUUUUAGAGCGUGCUCGACCAAAUAUGUUAGGGUUGCUUCCAAAAGCCAAAGUGAGAUCUAUAAAAAUGACAUUCAUCGUUUGCUUUGCAUUCUUCGUCUGUUGGAUGCCGGCGACAUUGAUCUACCUUUUUGAUGUCCAUCGAUUAAAUUUCCUAGAAAGUACGACCAAACGAAUGUUAGAGAGGCUAUAUCCGCUGAACAGUCUUUGUAACCCCCUCAUCUUCAUCAUGUUCAAUACGAAACUUUUCACUUGUCGUAAGAAAAAUGCUCACGCGCAUGAUAAAGACAACAUUGGCACUCAUCUGACGAUAUCCUGACUACUUUUGGAGAUAUGGCGUCGCAAAUUGACGCCCUUUAAGCGUUUUAGUGACGCAAAUGUGUAUUUCCAUUAGAACAAAACAUAGUGGAGCAUACUUUUACCGAGCUAGUGUGUGAGAGGUAUUCCGUUUAUAAGCUAACUUACCUACACACUAUAAAGUGAUUCAUCAGUAAAAGUGUUGUAGUACAUCAUGCAUAUAUGUAUUACGUUCAUCUACAGAUCGCCUGCCUAUACACGUUCAUGUGUAAGAAAUUGUUCGAAUAUCUUCUUAUUCAAUUACAUUGUUUUAAAAAGUAAAAAAGUUAGUUUGAAAUACAGCAGUAUUAUUCAGAGAAUAUUUAAUAUAAUGUUACAGUGUUUUUGUCUAUUUUGCAUAUUGAAAGUGAAUUAUAUUUUACUUUUGUUUUAUCCGUGUGUGUAUUUGAGUAGA